AGAAGCAGACCUCGCGACACUGAGGAGAAGGCGAGGACAAGCCAAAGCAGCCAUAACUAAAAUGAUUACAGCUGCAAAUAUAAAGAUAAGAGAAAAUGAGCCUGAAGAGUUGAAGGCAGUACUGGAGAGCCUUGACCUAGCUGUCACUCGACUCCAGGAAACACACAGACUUUAUCAUGAUAGGCUCACUGAUGAUAUUGACAAAGAAGAGUCGGAAGCCUAUGAGAAGGUCAUCUUGAUGAGUGUUCAUGAUGUGCGCCACAAUGCUUUAGCCUGGCUGCAAGAAGUUUACACUCCUGGUGAAGUUGAUGAUCAGCUAAUUGCUGGUGAAUUGGACAUCAUAAAUCAAACUCCUCCAGAUGACACGGAUGAUGACAACCCCAUGUCAGCUGAGCUAGAAAACCUACGUGCCUUACGAAAGAAAGAACAAGAAAACUUUGAGCUAUUGCUUCGGCGCAACAAAGAGGAGUUUGAACUGGAACUCCAGCGAAUGCAUCACAAGGCCGAGCUAGAUGCACAGAUAUUACACAAUCAACAAAAGAUACAAGCUGUAACAACAGAUCUAUAUUCUACACCUAAGGCUGGCAAGAGCCCAUCAACAACACGACCAUCACUGUCACCAAUAUCAGAAGAUUCAAUCUCACACCUGCUUGAAUUAUCAAGGCAGCAGUAUCAAGCCCAAGUGGACUCCCUGAGGCUCCCACCAACUAACAUGAUAAAGUUCAAUGGUGACCCCCUUCAGUACUGGAAGUUCAUGAGGCUUUUCACCACAAUGGUGGACAAAGAGUCUGUUGCUGCAGAAGAGAAGUUAACUCGUCUACACCAGUACACUGAAGGAAAAGCUCAAGAUGCUGUUAGUCACUGCUUAUACAAUCCCGAUCCCAGUGCAGGCUUCAAGGAAGCACUCGAGCGACUAAAAACAAGAUUUGGAAAUCCUCAUACCAUCUCCCAGGCUUGGGUUGAGAAGGUUUUGAACUUUAAAGAGAUAAGAGACAAUGUGCAACUCAGAGAUUUUGCGGACCAACUGAGAGGCUGCAAAGAUACACUUUCUGCUAUGAAAUGUGAGGAAGAGCUCAGUGGUCGCCGCACAUUGGUUGAAAUCAUCAGUAAACUACCACCAGAUCUCAGGUCCAAAUGGUUAAAUGUAAACUACGAUAUCACUAAGGGGGGACGUCUACCUAAACUUGAGGACGUUGUCAACUUUGUUGAGACAGAGGCUGAGAAGAGAUCUGACCCAGUCUUUGGUGGCAUAGUGAGUUACAAGAAGCAGGAGAAACCAAGCAAUGUUAUGUUAUCCACCAAAAGCUCAAAGAAACCUCGGCCAAACUACUCUGCAAAUGUUAAGGCAGCUGCAGUUCAAGAGAACAAGUUUACACCCACCAAACGGCCAGUUAAUUCAAAAUGUCUAAAGUGUUCAGAGCUCCACUUCCUGAACCAGUGCCCAGCUUUCCGAUCACUGACUGUGCCAGAACGCCUCAUGUUUGUUCAGGAGAAGCACCUGUGCCAAAACUGUUUCAUGAUGGGUCAUAGUGCUGAGGUAUGCACACGCAAUUGGGUAUGCAACGUACCUGGCUGUGGACAGAAACAUAACAAAUGGCUACACCCAAACCACACUAACAAGCAAAAUACAGCAGCAAGUCAGAAUGCCACGGGUGACAAUAAAACAACUCAACAAACACAAUCUACCCAAUCACCUAACGUCACUUGUGGAUUUGCUGGUGCUGGAAAUGGUAAAGUUUGCUUACCUAUUGUUCCUGUGGUUGUUAGAGGCAAAGCUAGCAACAUCAGUUCUGUCACAUAUGCAUUGCUUGACCCUGGAGCCAACACAAGUUUAGUGUCAGAAGAACUUACAAAGAAACUCAAGGUCAAAGGCAAACCUGCAAGGCUGGAUCUUGCCACAGAAGCAUCAUGUCAGUGAACUCAUCAUAUGGCACUUCCACAAACUCACAGGUCAUUCAGGUGCUGAGAGGGUCCUCUCUGAGAUUAGGCAAUCCUUCUGGAUUGUCAGAGGACGCAUCACAGUGAAACGAGUCCUAGCACGGUGCAUACCAUGCAAAAGGCACAGAGCUCCAAUCAGUACGCAGUACAUGGCCGACCUACCAGCCGAUCGUGUGACUCCAAGUCAACCACCUUUCACCAGUGUUGGAGUCGAUUACUUCGGUCCCAUUAACAUCAGAAGGGGACGCGGUGAGGUGAAGAGGUAUGGUUGCCUGUUCACUUGCCUAACAACCAGAGCCAUUCAUUUGGAGG